UUGUUCAUGGUGGACAAUGGAGCAGAUGACUGGAGAAUAGCCAUGACUUAUGAGCGUAUUUUCUUUAUCUGCUUGGAAAUACUGGUGUGUGCUAUACAUCCCAUACCUGGGAACUAUACAUUCACAUGGACAGCCCGGCUCGCCUUUUCUUACACUCCAUCCACCACAACAGCUGAUGUGGAUAUUAUUUUAUCUAUACCAAUGUUCUUAAGACUAUAUCUUAUUGCCAGAGUUAUGCUUUUGCAUAGCAAACUUUUCACUGAUGCCUCAUCUAGAAGCAUUGGAGCAUUAAAUAAGAUAAACUUCAAUACCCGUUUUGUUAUGAAGACUCUAAUGACAAUAUGUCCAGGAACUGUACUGUUGGUUUUUAGUAUCUCGUUAUGGAUAAUUGCUGCAUGGACUGUCCGAGCUUGUGAAAGGUACCAUGAUCAGCAGGAUGUUACUAGCAAUUUCCUUGGAGCAAUGUGGUUGAUUUCGAUAACUUUUCUAUCCAUUGGAUAUGGUGACAUGGUACCUAAUACGUACUGUGGGAAAGGAGUCUGUUUACUCACUGGAAUCAUGGGUGCUGGGUGCACUGCACUGGUGGUAGCUGUGGUGGCAAGGAAGUUAGAACUUACCAAAGCUGAAAAACAUGUGCAUAAUUUCAUGAUGGACACCCAGCUAACUAAAAGAGUGAAAAAUGCAGCGGCCAAUGUACUCAGGGAAACAUGGUUAAUUUAUAAAAACACAAAGCUGGUUAAAAAGAUAGACCAUGCGAAAGUAAGGAAACAUCAACGCAAAUUCUUGCAAGCUAUUCAUCAAUUAAGAAGUGUAAAAAUGGAACAAAGGAAACUGAAUGAUCAAGCCAACACUUUGGUGGACCUGGCAAAGACUCAAAACAUCAUGUAUGACAUGAUUUCUGACUUAAAUGAAAGAAGCGAAGAUUUUGAGAAGAGAAUUGUUACUCUGGAAACUAAACUGGAAACUUUAAUUGGUAGCAUUCAAGCUCUCCCUGGACUGAUUAGCCAGACAAUCAGCCAGCAACAGAGGGAUUUCCUUGAGGCUCAGAUACAAAAUUAUGAUAAGCAUGUUGCCUACAGUGCUGAACGAUCACGAUCUUUGUCAAGAAGAAGGAGAUCAUCCUCCACAGCACCACCAACUUCAUCAGAGAGUAGCUAGAAGAGAAUAAGUUAACCACAAAUAAAGACUUUUUGCCAUCAUAUGGUCAAUAUUUUAGCUUUUAUUGUAAAGCCCUAUGGUUCUAACCAGUGUUAUCUGGGUUCUGAUGUCAGAGUCCUGGAAACCUGAACAUGUUUUAGGCCAAAAAAGAGUGAAAACUCUUCUUUUUUCCCCCCUCCUCCUCUCAGAUGCACAGUGAAUGCACCUAUUAUUGCUAUAUUAGAUUGUUCCUCCUGUAAUUUCACUAACUUUUUAUUCAUGCACUUCAAACAAACUUUACCACUACAGUAUAUAAUAUAAUAAAAAGGUUAAUUUCUGCACAUAGUUGCUUGGUUACUUAGACUUAACAACUAAAAAUGCUCACAAUCAAAAGGCCGAAUUAUAAACUUAAGAAACAAAAUUGAAGCUUAAUAAUUAUCUCUCAG